GAUCAACCAUGAACUCAAGGACUACGUGUUUGUUUUUAUGUUUUCAUUAAUCUUAGAUAAAAAAAAAAAAACCUCAAAAUGAAGGUUUUAACCUCCAUCUUUUGUGGAUAUUUCUUCACUGCUGCUAUUAUAAUGGGACACUGUGUGUUACCAGCCAUUUCAACCUCCUCAUCCCAGACUGGUGAGAGCCUGCCUGACAAUUUCAUAGGGUUUGACUCAGCCCCUGACAAAGUGGCAGACGGCUCAGUGGUCCGUGUGCGGUAUCGUUGCUCCAAGCCAUGUCGGCUCGCACUGGAGGUGGUGGUGUCCACAUUAAGGAAGACAGAUUUAGUGGUCUUCAGGAGGAAAUGGAUCAGCAGCACAACCCGAGUCUACAGGAUCCACCAGGUGCUGCUCAGAUUGCCUCCAUCCAUUUUAUAUCAACAUGACUUUUUCAACAGGCACAUUUUGGACGCCCAGAAUGUGACAGUUCGUGCUUGGGUAGACCAUCUUAAUUAUGGCAGGGAACCCAGGACAUACCAGGGCUCCAUGUUGAGGAUUUAUAAAACACUGCAGACAGAGCCACUCUCAGAGCGUCCAACUAAACCUCCCACUGAGUGCCCUUCAUGGUCAGCUCAUCUGAGGUGGCAGAUGACCAGAAACAGAACUCAUCAUUGUCCACAUGAGUCAGACGUAAUUGAUAUGCUGAAGUUCCCCCUGGCAAGUCCUGGUGAGCACUUUGGAGUGGUCCGCAGGUUCCAGCCUUUUAGGAACAGAGCCCUGGAGAGCGCCCGUCUUCAUGCUGUGACACAGCCCAGCGUCACCUUAUCUGUGUGGAUCUACCUGCUGAAAUGGUGUCACGAGAAGCUCUGUGGGAUCAUCCAUCAUGUCGAUAGGAAAAAUACGUACGACUCGGUUCUGAUGCAGCUUACAGACACAGGGGACGUCAUAAUUCAGGCACGUGCGACAACAGGAAAAGAUGAAGCUUUCCGAGUCAGUGCGGCAUUGCCCCAGUGGAAAUGGAUUAGAUUAGACUGCUACAUACAGGACUCAAAGGUGCUGCUGGAUGUAACAUGGGAUGAACACACUCACAGACAUCGAUAUAAAUUUCAAAACAGUAUCCAUUAUAAUGACACUGAUGGAUACUUUGUGAUCGGUGGAAGCAAGUACAUGCCAGGCAUCCGUGGGUAUUUUGGACCUGUCAAAUACUACCGUUUUGGAACAACGAAGGUAAAAAAUCAACUUCACCCCGCGUCAACACUGCAGGCGCUGGAUAAGACUCAUCAGGACUGUCAGGAAAUUAAAGCGCUCACAAGAGCCUUUCUCCAAGAUGUAACUAAGAGUCACCUCCUUUCACCAUUCAACACAGGUGUCUGUACACCUCACUUCAUAAGACUGUGGGGUCAGUCCGAAGAGGAAAUCUGCACACAAACAUGGAUCUGGGAAAAACAACCUAGAUACAGCACUCUUUUUCAGUUCUUGCGGACAAAAGAGGAGGAAAUCAGAACAGGAUCUCUGGCCAUGAAGGACCUCAGGAAUGCUUUGUUUAAGCAGGCAGUUGAUACCAUGCUCUCUGUAGAUCAGACACAACAGAAAAUCACAUUCAAAUCAACAGCACUACUCCCUGUGGCCUCCUGCUUUGGAAAUCACAAAGCGUCUCUCUUGUUGGCUGCUAUCCACCUCUCUGGCUUGGGGCACUCAGUCGAUCAACAACAGGGCCAUGUCUAUAGUUUGAUUGGUGCAGUGGGCGAUAACCGUUUCGCCCUGAUGCAUGCUGGGUACAAGCACACACAAGGAAUUGAUGGGUUUCCAAAGGACUUGGACAUGGCUUACAGCUAUUACUCCAACGCUGGGGUACAGACCAACACUGAUAGUUACAGAAUACAUGAAAAUGAGCAAAGCACACUUGAACAGAUCUAUCUAAACAAUCCAGAGGACCUACAGAGCCUCACACAUGAGACAAGUGACCUCUUUCAGUAUCUGAAAUACCAAGCAGAGAAAGGAGACAUAGAUUCUCAGAAACACCUGGGGACAUUGCUUUACUGGGGACAUCACGGAGUCUCAAAAGACAUAGCGAGUGCGGUGAAGUGGUUUGAAAGAAGCGCUAUGCAGAUGAAGGAUCCUUCAGCGAUGUAUGACUACUCCACCCUACUAAUGAAGGGCCACGGAGUGAAAAGAAACUACACCCGAGGUUUUAAGCUGCUGAAGAAAGCUGCAGAGAUGGGCUCAAUUAACGCCCUGAAUGCUUUAGGCUGGUACCAUGGGAUGAUACUGAACGACCACAUCAAUGCAGUGAAAUACUUUGAGAAAGCAGCGCUAAAUGGGAGUGAGGAUGGCAUGUAUAACCUGGGGAUUUAUCAUCUCACUGGGAUGAACCCACACCACCCGUGGAGGAAUGAGACGGCUGCGUUCCAGCUGUUUUUGAAUGCGUCUGUGCUUGGUCAUAUCUCUGCAUCGGUGGAGGCUGCUUGGUACCUUUCAACAGGAAGCCUGGAAGGGGUGUCUCAGGAUGUGGAAAGGGCUGUGAUAAUGCUAAAAAAGGUCUGCGAACAGAACGGACACCUUGGAUUUAUGGUCAGAGACGCUCUCCAGGCCUACCUCCAGGGCUCUUGGCGGGGAGCGUUUGUGAAGUAUGUUUUGGCAGCUGAAACCGGUCUGGGUUUGGCCCAGAGCAAUGUGGCGCACCUGUGUGAGGAGCUGAAUCUCGGCGAUGAUUGUCAGUGGAGAUAUAAUAACUACUCUAUAUUAAACUAUGAUCCCCAUCCAUCCACUCUGCUGAAAAUGGGAGACCACUACUUCCGAUCCUCCGGCAGGCGAGAAGACUCAUUAUCCCUGCUUGGUCAGGCCAUAUCGAUGUAUGGCAGAGCAGCUCGAGCAGGCAGCCCUCAGGGAAUGUACAACUUGGUCGUUUUGGUGCGACAGGGAUACGUUCUGCCACUGAGAGUCCGCGGCUGGUUUGAUGUGUCACAUUAUGAUGAGCGGGACGUCGUGGUGGAGAAGAUCUUAAUAAGAUGUGUGGAGACUGAGGAAGGAGAAGCAUUGACGCCCUGUUCUUUAGCUCUGCUCAGAGUCCAGAUGGGAAAAGCCUUGAGGAGAAUGACUCAGAACGGUGCACAGCUCCUCUUGGCAUACGCAUCUUUUCUUUCUGUCAUUGUCAUUAUUGUCACAGUGCCACUGCAGAGCUGUCUUGAACAAAGGCAGCGAGUGUUUGCACUGAGAGCAAGGGAAUCAUCCAACAGCCAAGAUGGCGUCAACUUGAACAGAGAGCAAGACGGCACCACAGGAGGAACCUACGGAGCAGCGGGGAAUCUAUGGCUUACCAUCCUGAAUGGUGAACAGCGGCUACGGCAGACCUGUGAUUGGGCUGUGACUCUGACGGGCGUGUGCCUGUGUGCUUUCUGGACCACACUCCUCUAUCAUCUCUUAUGACAUACAAUACCCAGCGCAGUGAUCCAAUAGCCACAGCAAAAGCCCCAGACACUACAUAUUGUAAGAGCAUACAUUUAGAGGAUGAGUUACAGCACUAUUCAUGUGACACAUUUGUGUUCUGGAGACAUGUGACUCAUUUUAAGUUAUAACACGGGAAGGAGAGAAGUGCUGAUCAGCGUGCUGCUUUAUCAGAGUGGUGAUAGUGUUUCCUCAGUAACCAUAUGUCACUUGUUUUGUUUGCGGAAAAUAAAAUACUUAUCAUGCAGUUUAUUUAAUUAAGUCUGACCUGUAGUUUAUAUUGUCUCUGGGAUGUGGCGCCAAGAAAGCAGAGUGAAGCUUCUGUUAUGCAACAUGUAGUAAAACAUAUUUCAACAGA